AUGUCUUCCUCGACGCUCACCCAAACCCUCCUCGUACGUCUCCCCACUCACAGCCCUCUCCAUCCACGCAAGUAUCUGACCCCACAACGGAUCUUCUCCGCCGACAGCUCUUUCUAGCCCCCUUCCUACUCCCUCGUCUGAUCCGCUUCGUCACAGCCUUCCUAUAUCCCAAAGCCGCCCCACCGCACGGCAACGAUACCCUUGCCUCCUCCCCCUUCCUCUCGACCCGCCACAUCGAACCCGCGCUCCCCCCUCGGCUCAAACUCGCCCGCCUCUGUCUCGUGACCGUAACCAUCUCGAGCCUCCUUGCUCGAUCUCUCAUCCCGACGGAUAACCUGUUUCUUCACCUAGCGCCUUCGAGAUCGUUAUCGCAGACGUUUUUCCCCGUCCUGAGGACCCCGAUCGAGUUGAAGAUUUCGACAAUGAGAUUGCAGCAGCUUUGGAGUCGGCACAAGACUUUGAACGAUCAGGUGCGUUCGAGAAAGACAAAGGGACACCUCCGCUGCGCUGACUCUUUUCUCAUUCCCUCCCUUCCCCCCCACACAAAGGACCAUGCGCUCCUAUCCCGCCUCUCAACCCUCGACGCGCGCGAACUCUACCUCUCCUACGGCCCCUCCCCUCUCCUGCACUGCACCUGGUGUUCCCCCACCUCCUCCUUUGACUACAUACUCGUACUACUCCCUUCCAUCGCCCUGAAAUAUCUCAUCAUCGCAACGAUCGAUUCGAUCCUUCUCAUGGGUUCACAGGGGAGGAGAAAGAGGUGGAGGGUUUAUGUUGUUGGCGCGCUGGGGGUGGGGUUUGCUGGGGAGGUGUAUGCGAGGUGGAGUAAUGUUGGGUCCGGGAACGUGAUGAUGGUACGUUUCUUACUCCCCAUCUCGUCGUGGUGGAGGAACAUCUGGCCGACCUCAAGCUGACUUGCCCAAAAUACGAAUCCCAGAUUGAUGCUUUCCUCCACCUCCUCAUCCCUUCCCUCCUUUGGGUCCCCACCCUCUUAGCGUCCUACCUUCUCCCUCCCUCCCCCAUCCAACCGACCACUCCGACCCUCCUUCAACCGCACCUCCAAAACCUCCUCUCACUCUCCCAAACCUCCCUCUGCUCCAUCCGUAGCACACACCUCCAUAAAAUGGCCCUGAUGACCCAUUACGAGACGCGCGAAUUGGUGCAUGGGUUUUGGGAAGGGCAGGAGAGGGAAUUACGAUGGGCGAAGGGGGAUAAGGUUUUGAAGGAGGUUUUGAGGGGGGUGGAGAUUGGGGAGGAGGAGAGGAGGGGAUUGGGAUUGGGGAAAGAGGAUAGGGACCGGAUGAGGAAGGUGUUUGGGAUUGGAUGUGGGGGUCAAAGUGGGAGUGAUGGUAUGGGUAAUGGGGGGGUUGGUGGAGAAGGAGAUUGA